ACUGAAUCGCUACAUGAUGUGGUGCCGAUCGCGUGCACCUCAACAACCUCCACAGUGGGCGCCACCGCAAACGUGCUGGCCGGUGAUCUGCUGACGAGUCUCGUCGCAUGCGCGCCACCAGCUCAUACGAGUGGCGGCGGCGCAGGCCCAACUUCGUCCUCUUCUUGUACUGCUGGCGGCGGCGCCGGCGCCCAUGGUAGCGGAGCGUGUUCAUCUGGUGGUGGUGGUGGUGGCGGUGGCGCCGGCGCUUUAGGCUCAUCGGCUUCGUUUCAUACGGGGUGUAGUGGUUCGGGCGCCGGCGCCUUGGGCGCAGCUAGUGUCGGUUCUAACAGUGGCGAUUUGGCCGCGGCACUGUCGACCACGGUUGCAGCCACCACGCUGGCAUCGCUUUUCACUGGUGUUGGCUAUUCGUCCCCGCAGCUGAAUCAUUGCGCCUCGUCCGCGGCGGGAAUGGCGCCCAACAGCCCUUUUGUGGGCGCCAGCCCUCUUUCGACGAGUCCAUCGACGAUGGCGUCCGCGUUGUUGGACACGUGUGGUAUGGCGGCCGAUUUUGAGCAACUAGGUUCAUCUCUUAGAAUUUUUAUAGGGAAGCUAACAUUCGGGUAA